CUGCUGAAUGUGCAGUUUGCAAGGGAAGAUGGCGAGUGGUGGAGUUUCUGUAGCUACGCUCUGGACAGAAGUUAAUCGCUAUGGACAGAAUGGGGAUUAUACUCGAGCUCUAAAGUCCGUCAAUAAAAUUCUUCAGGAAUGUAAAGAUGACAUCACUGCUCUGCAUUGUAAAGUUGUAUGCCUUAUUCAGAAUGGGAGCUUUAAGGAAGCGCUGAAUGUUAUUCAUACUCACACAAAAGUGCUUGGCAGCAGUGAUGUGAUUGCUUUUGAAAAAGCUUACUGUGAGUACAGGCUGAACAGGGUAGAGAAUGCCUUGAAGACAAUUGAAAGUGCAACCCAGCAGAGUGAUAAACUGAAGGAACUCUAUGGCCAAGUGUUAUACAGAUUAGAGCGCUAUAGUGAAUGCGUGGCUGUCUACAAGGACCUGAUCAGAAACUCUCAGGAUGAGUAUGAGGAGGAGAGGAAAACCAACCUGUCUGCUGUUGUCGCAGCUCUCAGCAGCUGGGAGAAAUCCCCACCUGAGGACCUUGGCCUUCCAGAAACCACCUACGAACUCUGUUACAAUUCCGCUUGUACUCUCAUUGGUCAAGGGGAUCUCACAGAAGCAAUGAACAAGCUCAGAGCAGCUGAAGAAUUGUGUCGACAGUCUUUGUCUGAGGAUUCUGAUAUGACAGAAGAAGACAUUAAUUCUGAGUUGGCUGUAAUCCAUUCACAAAUGGCUUACAUCAUGCAGUCACAGGGGCGAACUGAAGAUGCAUUGCAGCUAUACAAUCAAGUCAUCAAAUUAAAGCCAGCAGAUGUGGGAUUGCUGGCUGUAACCGCCAACAACAUCAUUACAAUUAAUAAGGACCAAAAUGUGUUUGACUCCAAGAAGAAAGUGAAACUGACAAAUGCAGAAGGAGUUGAGCACAAGCUGGCAACAAAACAGCUGCAGGCUAUUGAACUCAAUAAGGCUUUACUAGCCAUGUACACCAAUCAGGCAGAUCAAUGCCGUAAACUUUCUUCAAGUUUACAGGCCCAGAACCCAGGGCACCCACGGCCGGUGCUAAUUCAAGUGGCUCAGCUCUGCAGAGAGAAACAGCAUUCAAAAGCAAUAGAACUGCUACAGCGUUUCUCAGAACAGUACCCUGAAAGUGCUUCAGAAAUCAAACUAACAAUGGCGCAGCUGUAUUUGAUUCAAGGUCAUGUUACUAAAGCCUGUGAUAUUUUGCGAUCAAUAGAGGAAAUUAAAUACAAGCAAGGCAUGAUUUCAGCAUUGGUUACCAUGUACACUCACGAAGAAGACCUAGAUAGCGCCAUUGAUGUCUUUGGCCAAGCUAUUCAGUACUACCAGAAGCAACAGCCUGGUUCAUCUGGUCAUUUAGCACUUGUACGAGAAGCAGCGAACUUUAAGCUGAAAUAUGGAAGGAAGAAAGAGGCUAUAAGUGAUCUGGAACAGCUGUGGAAGCAGAACAAGAAUGAUAUACAUACAUUGGCACAGCUUAUCUCUGCUUAUUCAUUGGUGGAUCAAGAAAAAGCAAAAUCUCUCAGCAAACACCUCCCAUCCCCAGACACCAUGUCUUUUAAUGUGGACGUGGAUGAGCUGGAGAACUCGCAUGGAGCCACUUAUAUUAGAAAGAAGGCUGCAAAGGUGACUGGGGAUACUCUGCCCAAAGAACAAGGGCAAGGGGAUAUGAAGAAAAAAAAGAAGAAAAAGAAGGGUAAAAUGCCAAAGAACUAUGACCCCAAAGUGGCUCCUGACCCAGAGCGGUGGCUGCCAAUGAGAGAACGCUCCUACUACCGUGGCAGGAAGAAGGGCAAGAAGAAGGAGCAAGUGGGCAAAGGAACACAGGGGGCAACAUCUGGAGGCCUGGCUGAACUGGAUGCUAGUAAAUCUGCGAGCAGCCCCCCCACCUCACCAAGGCCUGGUUCUGGUGCUACGUCAGCCUCUUCGACCAACAUGGUUCCCCCCAGACAGCAGAAGCCAGCAGCGUCUGGAGCCACUAGGAAGAAACCGCAGCAGAAGAAGAAGAAAGGGAAGAACUGGUAGUGCCUGGAUGUGCUGUACGGUGCCAGCAGAUGCACCACAAUAAAUCUCAGUCAUGGAUCUGAUUAACUGUCAAUCACAAGCUGUCCGUAUAUAUUUUUUAAUUUAACCAUGAUGUAACUUGGGGUUUUGAUAGAGAAGGUGGAUCAGGGUUAAUUUUUUAAAAAAAUACUGCAAGACCCUUAGUUUUGCCCCCACCCCAUCUCUCACCUCCAUUUUUAAGUUGGGUAAGUCUGAAGGAACAUGUUUUCAAAACCAGCCUGUGCAUUUAAGAAUGACCAACAAGGACAUUUUCUCUGAACAAAGCUCAUGUGUUCGUCGACAUCCUAUAAGCAGAUUUUUUUUUAAGUCUACUUCACAUGGAAAUUACUAGGUUGUUUGCUUUUAUUGGGAAAGGUAGCUACCAAAUUCAGUGCUGCUGGCUGCUAUAAAACCAAAAUGAAAAAAGUUGAACAGUAAUGUAGAACACAUUUUCAGCAACUUUAAACUUCCAAUACAAGUUUCUGUAAUUUAACACAUGGCAAGAAUUGUGUGUUUGCUGAAAUCAUUGUUAUAGCGUGGUUCAUUUUAACCACCAAGUCCUUGUUUGAUUCCUUAAAGACCUUAUUAAGGAUUUUGUUAUACACUCUGGAUGUCCAUGGUAAAUGUAUUAAAUUCUGGAUGAUGUAAAAUU